AAUAAAGCCGCCGACACGCCGUUGAGUUGCACGCACCGCAAGCGAGAGAGAGGCCGCCGCCGACCGAUAACUCGCGCCCGAGAGGCCCCGGAUCCGUAAAUAAACGCACGAGUCUUCCUCCUUUUUUCCCCUUUGAACGUGUCGCACGCGGCGGGAAAGACUCUCGCGGGCGUGGUCGCGCGUGGUCCGCCGUGCGAGCCGAUCGGGCGAGCGGUCAGCUCGCGGCGCGCGACGUCAUCGGCGUCGUCCGUUGGGACGUGCCACGUCGAUGGUACCACCGGCGGCGGCGGAUGUACGGUGAGCGUCAAUCCGGGUCGGCCGACUACGCCAUCAGGCUGCCGCCAAGCGGGGAGGAAGUCUGUCUCGCGUGUCAGCACACAUCAAUGGUUCAGCUGGGAUGCCGACCAUGGAAUCUCAGUCUGACGAGCGUGAUCAUCCUGGCACUGUCGAACAUGCUGCUGACGUUUCUGCUACUGCAAUCGGAGACCUGCGCGCCGGAGGCGAUCCCGCGAGAGGUGGAGGUGAGCGCGGUCACCGAGUGGAAUCUCGGCUCCCUCGUCAAGCAGGAGCAGCAAUCGGAAUGCGUCACGCAGGAUUAUCAGCCAACGUCACCUGAUACUAACAGUCUCAAGCUGGACAUCAAGCUCGGCAGAUGGGAUGCCCGGCGGAUAUUCCGCACCUUUGACUCGGUUCUGGUCGGCAGCAGGUUCACAGAGCUGUCGCAGACGUACCGAGUGUGUCUGGCCACGCAGAGCUCCGUGGAGAAGCUGCAUUCCCUAGUGCAGGUCGCGCUGCACUGGACCGGACCAAUGUCCGUGGCGUUGUACGCCGCCGGCGAUGAGGAGUUCGAGGUUAUGCAGCGUUACUUGGUGUACCUGAGGAGAUGUUACGAGUCCAUCAGGGAGAGAGUGAUCUUUUCUGUGGCCGUGCCGAAGAUGCGUCCGCCCAAGAAGCAGCCGCGCGCCUUCGAGCUGCCGGACUUUGUCGAUUGUGCCAAACCGGAAGCCACCCUGAACGAGCUCGCGAGUCGCAUACCCAGCGAGCAGACCCAUUGGCGGAUACGGAACGUCUAUCCGCAGAACCACAUGCGAAACUUGGCGCGCAAGAACUGCCAGACGGACUACGUGUUCCUGACGGACGUCGACAUCGUACCGAGUUUCAAUCUGACGACCGCACUCGACGAAUUUCUCAGGAGCGAUAACUGUGAUAAAUGCGCCUACGUUAUACCCACGUAUGAGUUGGACACGCGCGUGAAGUUUCCCCAGAACAAGACGGAGUUGAUUAGACUUGCGAGGAAGGGCUUGGCCAGGCCCUUCCACCAGAAGGUCUUUAUACACAAUCAAUUCGCCACGAACUUUACGAGGUGGCUCCAGGACGUGUCGGUGAACCAUAAAUAUCAUGAAAACGUGAAGACCGGCAAGGUCUACGUUAGCCACGACGUGACGAAUUUCGAAUUCCUUUACGAGCCUUUUUACGUGGCGAAGGAUAUCGCUCCGUCUCACGAUGAGCGGUUUAUGGGAUACGGAUAUACGAGGAAUACUCAGGUUUACGAGAUGUACGUGACGGGUUAUCAGUUCAAGGUGCUAUCGCCCGUAUUUACGGUCCACUGGGGACUGCAGACCAGGAAGAGCAGACCCGCCUGGCGCGAGCGUCAAAACAGUGCCAACAGGAAGCAAUUUGAGACGUUUAAGAAGGAAGUGUUCGCUCGUUAUAUGCGGGAUCCGUUAAAAAUGAUGAAAAACACUAACUGACGAAAGGCUCGUCGAGGAUCUCGUUGAUUCGAGAGUCCUUCGUCCUCGUUUACGUUCGUCCUUAGACUCGACAUCGAGGAACCAAAAGUAGAAUUAGAUCUCUGCCCGUUGUCGAUUCUCACCACGUAAUGUAGUUGAUAGAGUCCAAGUGUUUCACGUGUUCAACAAGUCAACGAAGAAUAAUAUUCAUUUUUUACAUUUUGUUACUAUUUUAUUACUAUUUUGUAGCGACACAAGUAUCUUACAGAUAUUACAGACCUUUAAAAAAAUGUUUUUCUCUAUCAACUUCAUUUAAACCGUGUGCAAUAAUAUCGGUGCUCAAUUGUCCACUAUAGACCAAGCCAUUCUCGGAUCUCUAUACGUACGUUUACGUAAAAUGGGCAGAAUUUUUAACGAAGGAUAACCGACCUUAUUCUUCGAAUGGGAACAAUGAUAAACUGUAUUAAGCGCAGCGAUGGAGUGCUCCAGUAUGCUCGGGAGAACAGAUGCCAGAUCGAGUAACCGCGAUCGGCCGGAUUCGCGCUACUUAUCGAACCUUCCGGUUCAUCGAUUCCGUUAGGCGGAACCAACCGCGGGGGCUCUUGUUACUUCCACUCACGAUUCCCCAAAGUCAUCAGAAACCGCCAUGCGGGAUCGCGGAAUAAAUAUCUUCUCGUGAGUUUCGCGGCACGUACUCGCGCGCGAGCAGCGGGAAAACGAGGGCGGGAGAUCUUAAGUGAGCGUACCUCGUUAGCUGCCUGAGGCUUAAGAGGAUGGGCGUUUAAAUCCAAAAUCGAUACUCCGCUUGACACCGGCGUAGCGUUUCGAAAACGCAAAAUAACAAAUGGCAUAAACAAUCGCCUUGCCGUAUUAUUCUAUCGGCUGCGUAGAAGGAAAAUUCGAAUUGAUAUACAAGAUAAUGCUUCGAAUCGCAGUUUUCUCGCAAUAAAUUUCUUUCAUUGAUAGAAUUUUUUGUGAUUUAUACGGUGAAGCAGAUUUUUUCUAAUAAAAGAAUCGUGGCAAUAAUUAUUUUUAGUUAUAGAAAUGUUGACAAUCUAUGCAAUUUUAUGGAUUUUAUGAAGUUUAACGCGAAAGUAGACAAUAAAAAAUUUCAAGCUUUACUUUGGCAGAAUCUUAAUUCAUGGCCUAAUUAGGCUAAAUAUUUGCCCAAUUGACAAGUCGGCUGUAAAUUAUCGAAAAAGUUCGCGAAUAAAGAAAGAAACGUGGGAUGUAUAGUUACAUGGAUGAUAGCAAUAUGCGAGAGAAUGAAAAAUGUUGCAUCGUUGAAACAUCGUGCUCUGCGAGUCGCGGGAUCGACAACAACCUUUACGUAAUAUUCUACGGCGUAAUGUACCCGUUUCGUUUAAUCAAGUCGCUUGAGAAGAGAUGCGCGUUAUGUCUCUACGUUAAUAUCGUCGUUUGCUUUGCGUUACAAAUUUACAGGAUUAAUUAUGUGGGGGCGAGGUGUUUCUCGACGUUUACAGACCCAUUUGCGCGUAUAUGGCCUCCAUUUGCUCGCGUGCUGUAUAAGCUCGACAGCGACAACGAUUGCUCAAUGAAUAUCGUCACCGGUAACGUUUCAUCCGAUUAACCCUUAGAUAACGCGUUCUAAUUUUUUCUUUUAACUGGCAUGGUGCGAUCUCUUGGGUUUCUUUGUGGAUCUUUUAUUAUAAAUGACGAAGCAUUUCAUCAAACAAAAUUUGCAUUCCAUCACUCUUAUGCUCAAGAAAGGUUAUUAGAAAGAUGAGCAAUAAAAAAAUUAUCAGAUUUCUACUUUAUUCCGCGGAUAAAAGUGCGACGACUGCUACCAGUGUCAGUUAAAAGUUAAAAAACGUAAACGUUUAAUUUAAGGCACAGAGUUAUCUUUAUAUUGUAAUAUUUUUACUGAUAGAUGUGUAAUAUAGAAUAGGCGGUGUUGUGAAAUAA